AUGGCUAUCGGUGAGUCGGAAAGGCCCUUUGAGAGCUCCAGUGCCUGGAGAGAGUCUAUCGAUUCCGACUCCCCAGGCAAGGAGAAGCAGCGUGAAGGCGAAGGGGCAGGGCCUCGUGGCAGCACUGCCCUUGGAGCAAGGUCCAAAGACCUCCGAUACAAUAAGCCCAAGGGCUUUUGGCCACGCAUCUUCAAGCAUUUCAAGCGGUACUGGCUGUGUUAUGGCCUCCUGGGGUUCAUAUUCCUGGCAAUCUUCUUGCCCGUAUUCUUCCUAGUCAUUAUACCAGCGAUUGCGCAGAGGUUGGUCGAUGAUGCUGGCAUACCAAUCCACUCGGCUGCUAUCAUGCGGCCAACCCCUGAUGGCUUAACCUUUUCGCUGUCCGCAUCUUUAAGCGUGCCGCUCGGAUUGAGUGUUCGGAUCGAUCCCUUCGACCUAAGUCUAUUUAAUCGAGAUGUGGUGCCGAGGAAGCCAUUCGUGACGGUUCCGCUCAAUGGACUCCGCCUGAAAGGGAAAUCAGACAUCACCAUCACCAACCAGACGACUGAAAUCCUGGACGAGGACCAGUUCACUACGUUUUUGGCCAAUGCGGUUUAUUCAGAACGGUUUACGUUAUCAGCUUACGGAAAGGCGACAGCUCAUCUCGGAAAGAUUAAAGUCCCUCUGAAACUUGAUAAGGAUAUAGAACUAGAUGGUAAGUGGUGCUGCUGCGCUCCAGCUGAUCAACUAGCAUUAACCUCCGGCGAUCCAGGUCUCAAUAUGUUGAAGGGCUUCUCUAUUGACUCCGCCCGAGUGGCUCUUCCACCAGAGGACGAUGGUUCGAACCUGCUUGGGCAAGCAACAUUGCCAAACUACUCUGUUGUUACCUUUGCUCUGGGAAAUGUCACUCUAGAUCUUAAGAUCGAUGAUAUGAUUUUAGGAAAUGGUACUAUUAGCAACGUGCUGCUGAAGCCAGGAAACAACUCAGUUCCUUUGCGUGCCGUGGUGGACAUCCCAAACGCGAUCAGAAACAUCGGGCCCAUUUUGGCCGCCGAGUCGGAGGCCCUGAGCCAAGGGAAUGUGAUGAUCUCGGCAUCCGGCCAGUCGACUAUCUACGAGGGGGAACAUAUCCCGUACUUUGAGAAGGUGUUGAACAAUUUGACCAUCAGCGCCAACGUGCCCAUUCUCAGGGUACUGUUUGGUUCCAUCUCUGGGUUGGUGUCGUCGAAUCCCGAUGUGAUGCAGAAUGUGACGGACGCCUUGCGGGACACGGACUUGUCGCCUAGCCCGAAUAUGCGAGUAAUUAAUUAG